GCAGCUGCCGGAGCGGCGGUGACGGAGCCGGAGCGAUGCCUGCGCGCAGCCGCCACCGCUCCCGCUUCCACUCCGGCUCUCCGCCCCGGGUUCCGCCCCCGCCGCUUGAAGUGCUCCACUCCGGCGAGGCGCGAAGGGCCCGGGACUCCGACGGCGCCUCGGACGCCGACUCGGAGGCGGGUCGGGGAAGCCCGACUCCCAUCGCGGAGACAGUGGAGGAAGAAAUGGCAGGUCCCAAUCAACUCUGUAUUCGACGUUGGACUACCAAGCAUGUAGCUGUGUGGCUGAAGGAUGAAGGCUUUUUUGAAUAUGUGGACAUUUUAUGCAAUAAGCACCGACUUGAUGGAAUCACACUGUUAACAUUGACUGAAUAUGAUCUCCGGUCUCCUCCUCUGGAAAUCAAAGUCCUAGGGGACAUUAAGAGGUUAAUGCUUUCUGUCCGAAAAUUGCAGAAAAUACAUAUUGAUGUUUUAGAAGAAAUGGGCUACAAUAGUGACAGUCCCAUGAGUUCCAUGACCCCAUUCAUCAGUGCUCUUCAAAGUGCAGACUGGCUCUGUAAUGGUGAACUUUCACAUGACUGUGAUGGACCCAUCACUGACUUGAAUUCUGAUGAGUACCAGUACAUGAAUGGCAAAACCAAACAUCCUGUUCGAAGAUUGGACCCAGAGUACUGGAAGACCAUACUAAGUUGUGUAUAUGUUUUUAUAGUAUUCGGGUUUACAUCUUUUAUUAUGGUUAUAGUCCAUGAACGAGUGCCUGACAUGCAGACCUAUCCACCACUCCCAGAUAUAUUCUUAGACAGUGUUCCUAGAAUCCCAUGGGCCUUUGCCAUGACAGAAGUAUGUGGCAUGAUUCUGUGCUAUAUUUGGCUCCUGGUUCUUCUUCUUCACAAGCACAGGUCAAUCCUUCUGCGAAGGCUCUGUAGUCUGAUGGGCACUGUAUUCUUGCUUCGCUGCUUUACCAUGUUUGUGACCUCCCUCUCCGUGCCAGGACAGCACCUGCAGUGCACUGGAAAGAUAUAUGGCAGUGUAUGGGAAAAAUUACACCGGGCUUUUGCCAUUUGGAGUGGAUUUGGUAUGACCCUGACUGGCGUUCACACUUGUGGCGAUUACAUGUUCAGUGGCCACACAGUCGUCUUAACUAUGCUGAAUUUCUUUGUCACUGAAUAUACACCAAGAAGCUGGAAUUUCUUGCACACUUUAUCCUGGGUUCUCAACCUCUUUGGAAUCUUCUUCAUCUUGGCUGCCCAUGAACAUUAUUCCAUUGAUGUGUUUAUUGCCUUUUAUAUCACAACAAGACUCUUUUUGUACUAUCAUACUCUGGCCAAUACCAGAGCAUAUCAGCAGAGUAGGAGAGCAAGAAUUUGGUUUCCCAUGUUUUCUUUUUUUGAAUGCAACGUUAAUGGCACAGUACCUAAUGAAUAUUGUUGGCCAUUUUCAAAACCAGCAAUAAUGAAAAGACUAAUUGGAUGAAGACUGUAUCUUUGUAAUGAGUUUGUGAUUAAAUAUACAGUAGUUGUUGUAAAUGAAUAACUUUGCUUUCUUCCUCUAGGUUGUUCCUGGAUGUGUUGCAUUUUGGCUUAUAUGUUGGUAGAGUUUCCUGUUCUGAGCAAGGCUAUGAUUAUAAAUAACAAGAAAAAAAAUCAAGAGUUCUUACUUACCUGUUUGAACAGAAAGAUUAAAUAGAAUUUUCUGCCCCUUCACUUCAGGGGGAGACCCACUGUUUGACUGGAGUCAGGCUGUUACCCUUACCUGUUGAGUAUUUGCCUUAUUGAACAUAAGCAAAUCAACUUAGGUAGUCACCUGGUUGAAAGAUUUUUAUUGAUUUUCAGUAGGACUCUAGUGGAGAAAUAAUAGUUUUAAGCUGCUUAUUACCUUCUAAAGAAAAACACUACCAAGUAAGCAAUAUUUGUUCUUUGAACUAAUUCCUUUGUUAGUCUGGAAAGUGAUUUGUUUUACUGAUAAAUCAUUUUCUGCCUUCUGAACUAUAAUUAAGAAAAGUACACUGAGUUAUACCAGCAUGCCUGAAAUGAGGAGAAUGAAAGGGGCCAUAUAAGAGGUGACAGAGAACUGAUGUGGAUGUCAUUGGCCUUCUUAUUAAUGCAGAAAUAGGGCUCUAUUUUUCACCAAAGAUUAAACAAAAGAUGCAGUUCCUAUUUUGUUCUGAGGGUUUAAUAUGAACAUCAGUGAGUAUUCAUGAGGAGAAAAUGGCUGCAUUUAUAAAUGUAAAUGUGGCAUAAUUUUAAUGAUAUGGGUAUCUGGAAUAACUUUGUGCUGUAAGUGUUAGAUGACAGCCCAAUUUAAUGCUUUUUAAAUGAUAUAUUUAAUAAGCGAAAUAGGAGUGUUUUAUCAGAUGUUAAAGUUCUUACGUCAGUAAAUAGGGAAAUAUGCAUGCAAAGUUUUUUUUUUUCUUUGAAAAGAAAUUUAUAUAACAGAUUGUAGAUAUAGUGUUAACCUUAAUUUCUCAUUCUUGGCCAUCAAAAAGUAAAUAGUCUGAGACAUAUUUGCAUACAAAAAAACUUUGUUGGUUUUUAUUUUUUAAAAUAAUUGUGUAUAUACAUUCUUUCUAUAUAGUCUUAAUUUGGCAGUGAGGAAAUUAUAUACUUAGCUGCUGUUUACAACACUGAAAAUUUAGUACUUAAGUAAUUUCACCUCUGUGAUAACAUUUGUCACUUUAUUUUUAAUGAUUUUAUAUAGUAGUUAUGACAGUAGCAUGGUGUAGAAGUGGAAAUUGACCCCUAACUGAUUAACUUAGUUACUUAGAAUAUUAAUUGUAUAGUUUUUACAUUCCAUUAAAAAAAAAAAAAAGGAGUUAGAAAAGGUGCUAACAUACUAAAGUCUAAAAUUAGGCCAUAGCAAAAGCCUGCCACUUCCUUAUCUAAGUGAAAUAUUUUAUUUUUGCACUUUGAGUCAUAGUCCCAUCCCUGUAUAAGCUACAGAAGAGUCUGGAUGAAUUGUAUAGGGAAAAACUACAUGAAUAAGUUUCAGUCAGUGCUGAAUAACCCCAAUUUGAGUCUUUUGUACAUUGUUUAUUUCUCAUUUGAGAAAUGACAUGUCAACUCAUUUUCUUAUGCUUUUAAAUCUUAUACUUCAGAAUCUUAUAAUAUCUUCAAUUGUUGAUUAUGUUACAUGCUAGGAACAAAAAUGCCAAGGUAGUAGAGCACUUGCCUAGCAUGUAUGGGGGGCCCUGAGUUUGAUCCCCAGUACAGGUGUGGGGGAAAUGUCUUACCUAAAGAAUUAUUGUAUAAGCUAAUGAAGGAAAGAUACUUAUUGAAACUCUUUGACCUUUGACAUCAAAAAAUAUUUAACUGCCAUUUUUUUCUAAAUGACAGAACAGGACUAAAUUUAACAAGGAAGGAACUUAUGUUGACUUUGGGAAAGUAUUUUUUUUUUAAUGUGGCACACCUAAUUUUAAAAUGUUAAAUAGCUUAUUAAUGACAAAUGCCCUAACAUCAAUCUUCUUUCCUUCAUAUGGAUUUUAUUGUAGAACAAAGUAGAAAUAUAGCUGCCACUAACUUUGCAGAGCUAUUGACCUUAAGAGUACCUAACAACAGGCUGCCAUGAGGAUUGUAAAAUAACAUUUCAGCCUUGUGAUUCUCCUAUCUGUUUUGAGAAGAAGGUAAGCUAGAUUUAUAAUUUAUUGUUUUAACUGUUACAAGGCAGUGUUUACAUAAAUUAAUCACUUCCAAGUCUCUGUUUAGAAAACUUUGAGACAAAAUUAUUUUUAGUUUUUCUGAAACACAAAACUACAUAUUUUAGUUGUUUUUUGUUUUGUCCAGAAAUUUCCAGGUUUUUGUCUUUAUACUUUUUUUUCUUGUUAAAAUCUUAACUAGUGAAGAUGGAAUUUAUGUUUACAAUUUGGGUAUGUAUAUGGCUGGAUGGAGAAGCCACAUGCCUUAGGUUUACCUUUUAUUUUGACUUUGUACUUGGUUCCACAGUUGCAGACUUGUGAAAAGCUUGCAUCCUUGAGAGCAUAGUAGAGAAGGAACCAAAAAGGUUUUGGCUUUGGGGGAUGCAAAUGGAGGUUAUGUUGAAAGUCCUUGAUGCAUUUUCUACAUUCUUGGGUACAAUGUUGCCCUUUUCUCUUUUUCCGCUUCCCUUCCCUACCCUUACUUUCCUUUCUCUCCAUUAUUUCCUUUCUUUUUUUAAAGACCACAGUAGGGUAGUGUACUGAAAGAUAACUGAAUAGGGAGUCAGAGGUUUUGAAAGAAGGCAAGUUUAUGGUUAAUCAGGUAAUUUCGGGGGAAGCCUUUUUGGGCUGUGCUUCAGGAUUCUCAACAUGACUGUCCUUCCAUAGUUCUCUCAGACCAGAAUUGCCAGGGCAAAAAUUCAACUUCUACAUGCUGGCUUGUUUAUUGCUGUCCUUCUAAAUCUGAAAGCAGUAAGCUAAGCCUUAGAACCAGUAAGUUAAAUAAAUGUGGGCUGUUCCCCACAAAAGAAAACCCCAUGGCCCAGAGAGCUACUGGAUAGCAUUACCCUUGACUCUGUGAGUGGUAAUCUGCCCUACUGUAUACCUAUCUGAGUAUUAGGACUAAGAAUUUCAAAAAUCCUAUAAUUUGUACAGAGGGAACAGAGGAGCCAAAUCCUAUUAUAGCUAAUAAGAGACAAUCUAUGCUGGGAAUGUCUGUUUAGAAAGUGUUAUUCAUACUUCAUCAACUCAUACAACACUACCCUGCUUUGACUGUGUUCAGCAGAAGGCAGUUUUUUCAUUAAUUUUAAGGAUCCUAGAUCCAGAAUGCUUAUGAAUGUUAACCAUAUUUUUUUAAGUUCUCUGAUUUAGUAAGUUUAUUUUUUGAGUCUUUUUGUAGAUUGACAUCAUCCCAUACUGUAAGUAAUUUAAACUGUAGUCAUUUCUCAGUUAAGGUAUUCAGGCAUUUGAGACAAAGAAAACUCUAUUUUAGAACAGUCCAUGCUUUCUAAGCAAUAUUGGUUGUUUUAAACAGUUUCAAAGCCAACAAAGCAAGAUAGUUUUAAUGCAGCUUUACUUGGCAGUUUAAAGAGUUCAUAUUUAUAAAAAGUUUACCAUACCUCCGUAGCUGUAAAAUAACAUCAAUGGUCAGAAUGCUUCAGGGGACCAGUGAAAAUGGAAAGUGGUAGAGGUGGUUUGUUGUUUGUUCCCUCUCUGUCUUUGAGUGGCUUUGAAUGACUAAAAUUAGUGUGGAAGUAGGUUUUGGUCCCCAUCUCACCUUAACCUGACAAAUGCCUCUAAUUUCAAAUAACUAAUAUAUGAUAUUACUUUGUCAAGUUCAAUGCAAAUAUCUGUGAAAUCUAUAAGCCAUUAUUUCAGUUACCAAUAAGUUAGUUUUUAGAAUACAUUCUACUCUGAAUUAACCAAAGGACUUUUUAUUCACUGUACUUCAUGUCUCAAAGUAAGGAAGUUUUUGCUUGAUAAAAGAGUAGAAAGAACACUGUCAGUUUCAUUGUUAUUUCAAGUCUGUUUCAGUCUGAACUACUGGGUUGUGGCAAGAACUGAACAUAGCCAAGUGAUAGUAUCAGGUAGUAAUGCCAUUUUAAAAUGACUAAUUUUGAUAAUUUUUCAUUCAGAGAAUCUGAAUUAUUAGGACAAUGAAGUAUUUCUGAUAUGGAUCAAAAGAAGUGAACUCAGUGAGUGAAGCAAUGUUAGCCUGGACUAAAGUGGGUAUGUUUAGUUUUGAGAAUUCUCAAAGUCUCCCUGUCCACAGAGAAACUAGUAUUACUUGAAAAGAUGUGAAAGUUCCUGUGGUAGCCAUACCUUGAAGCACAGUAUUGUAUAUAAGUAAAUAUCUUGAUUCUAAAUUAAAU